UCUUUCACGCUAAGCCGACGUCUAUGUAAUCGGGUCUUCUGUGCAUCGUUCUACACAGACGACGAGGAUGAGAGCGGAGUGACCACUCCAGGAAAUUAUCGUUAUUGUUGGAUUUUAAAACCAUUCAAUAAAAUGGUGAAAAUCUGGAAUUUACGAGCAAGAUGCCCGGAUGCAGCAUCAUGAGCAGCAAGCAAAAAUGGACGAAAUUUGUGUAUUGUAGCGAGAAAUUAAUCGGACUUUCCCCUCCAAAUUAAGCCAACAAUGGCCUCUCAAGGUCCAGGAGGGAAUUAUGAACGGGACCACAGUAACCCAGCUCUGCCAAGUCUGCCACAGAAUCAACCGCAGGAAUUGCACGCUGGGGGCCAAGGUUUGGGACAGGGGCCAGGGUCGGGCCCGCUACAGCCAGCCUCGCCCACCACACCAAAGAGUCAGGGGAGUGGAGUCACUCAAAUCACCCCCACAUCAGGCGAAAAGAAGCCACUUAGCCCUGCCUGGAACGUGGCACUCGGUGCUGCCACAACAGCCGCUGCCACAAUGACACGUAAACGCGCCAACGCACGCAAACAGCAGAACCAAAAUGUCAGACCGCAACGUGCUUUGUUCUGUUUGAACUUACAAAAUCCUAUACGAAAGCUAUGUAUUAGAGUUGUGGAAUGGAGGCCUUUUGAAUACCUGAUUCUGCUGACAAUUUUUGCCAACUGUGUGGCAUUAGCUAUUUACACUCCCUAUCCAGAAGCCGACUCCAAUGAAGUCAAUUUGGCAUUGGAAAAUGUGGAGUACAUCUUUUUGGUGAUCUUCACACUAGAGGCAGUCAUGAAGAUAAUUGCGUAUGGUUUUGCCCUCCAUGCUGGUGCUUAUCUACGUAAUGGAUGGAAUAUUCUAGAUUUUAUCAUCGUAGUCAUUGGUGUGAUAAGUACUGUUCUGUCGACAAUGAACAUCAAUAAUUUUGAUGUGAAAGCCCUGCGUGCAUUCAGGGUUUUGCGACCAUUACGGCUUGUAUCCGGUGUACCCAGUUUACAAGUGGUUCUAAAUGCCAUCCUGCGUGCAAUGGUGCCUUUGCUACAUAUCGCCCUACUUGUCAUAUUUGUUAUCAUCAUAUAUGCUAUCAUAGGCUUGGAGCUCUUCUCAGGGACAUUGCAUUCUACCUGUUUUGAUAGAGAUUCAGGUAACAUAGCAUUUGAUACCCCUCACCCCUGUUCUGCGGACGGUAAGGGGUUCCAGUGUGAUAAUGCCACCCAGGAGUGUCGCAAGUACUGGGCGGGGCCAAACGAUGGUAUUACAAACUUUGAUAACUUUGGUCUGGCCAUGUUAACGGUGUUUCAGUGUAUAACGUUGGAGGGCUGGACUGAUGUAUUGUAUGAUAUCAACGAUGCAGUGGGCAACGCAUGGCCAUGGACAUACUUCAUCACAUUAAUCAUCAUAGGAUCUUUUUUUGUACUUAACUUAGUUUUAGGUGUUCUCAGUGGUGAAUUUUCUAAGGAAAGAGAAAAAGCCAAAUCUAGGGGAGAUUUUAAAAAGCUGCGAGAGAAGCAGCAGAUGGAGGAAGACCUGCGUGGCUACAUGGACUGGAUCACACAGGCCGAGGACAUUGAUCCCGAGAAUGAGGAGGAGAGAGAGGAAGGUGCUACUCCCCGUCAUAAAAACCAUAGUGAUACAGCGUCAGUGAAAACAGAAGAUGUAGAAAAUGGUGAAAUAGUACAGUCUUGGUGGCAAAACAAAAGCCGACAUUUACGUAAAUGGAAUCGGCGGUGCAGAAGACUGUGUAGAAAGCUAGUAAAAUCCAAUGCCUUUUAUUGGCUUGUGAUAGUGGUGGUGUUCCUUAAUACAUGUGUUCUAACGUCAGAGCAUUAUAAACAACCCAGGUGGUUAGACGAAUUCCAAGCUGUGGCCAAUUUGUUUUUUGUGGUAUUGUUUUUCUUUGAGAUGUUGUUAAAGAUGUACAGUCUAGGCUUCCAGGGUUACUUCGUGUCUUUGUUUAACCGCUUUGACUGUUUUGUGGUGGUGUGUAGUAUAGUGGAGGUGAUCCUCAUGGUCACCGGUGUCAUGCCACCGCUCGGCGUCAGUGUGCUCAGGUGUGCCAGACUUCUACGUGUGUUCAAGGCAACCAGAUACUGGUCGUCUCUACGUAACCUUGUGGCUUCCUUGUUGAACAGUAUGAGGUCCAUUGCCAGUUUGUUGUUAUUGCUCUUCCUCUUCAUCGUCAUAUUUGCCUUACUCGGGAUGCAGCUGUUUGGUGGGAGAUUCAACUUUGACGAGGAUAAACCCCGUAGCAACUUUGACACGUUUUGGCAGUCCCUACUCACUGUGUUCCAGAUCCUGACGGGUGAGGACUGGAACGUGGUGAUGUACGACGGGAUCCGAUCCUACGGAGGUGUCAACCAGUUUGGUGUGAUUGUGUGCCUGUAUUUUGUGUUCUUAUUCAUCUGUGGAAACUAUAUCUUACUGAAUGUCUUCUUGGCUAUCGCUGUUGACAACUUAGCUGAUGCCCAAAGUUUGACUGAGAUUGAAGCCGAAAUGGAAGAGGAGAAACAGCGGUUACGUUCCAUUAGGUCAAAAAGUAGGACACCAGAAGGUGGAGAGAAAGAAAAGCAGACAGAAGAAGACGAAGGAGUGGGGAUGAAUGAAGAUGGUGCUGUAGAUACUGAAGAGGAUGGCUUCCCACAGAAACUGUCUCGCAAUCCAAGCAGCAGGUCCAGGCGCUCAGCUAGGAAGGAAGAAAGUCCCAGCACAGAACACCAUGUUAGGAUAGACCUGGACAAGAGGGAGGGAGACGAGCCGGGAGAGUACAGGGACUCCAAGCAGAUCCCUAUAGAUGAGGUGUUGUGUCCAUUUACAGAAGAGGACGAGGAAGAGAAUGAUGGUGAGGAAACAGAAGAGGAUGAUGAAUUGGAUGAGGAUGAGGAUUCUGCACAGACAGCCUCAGCACGACCUCGUCGCAUCUCUGAGCUCCACAUCCCCGACAAGAAGAAGUCCAUACCGAAGACCAGAUCCCUGUUUAUAUUCCAUCAUACUAACAAGUUCCGUGUGAUCUGCCACACCAUUGUGAAUCACUCCUACUUCAGUAACGUGGUGUUGGCCUGUAUCCUCAUCAGCAGUGCCAUGUUGGCUGCAGAGGACCCACUCCACACCAUGUCAGAGCGUAACAAGAUUUUGAAUUAUUUUGACUACUUCUUCACGUCCGUCUUCACUGUUGAGAUCUUCAUCAAGAUUAUCACAUACGGCCUCAUCCUACACACGGCCUCCUUCUGUAGAAGUUUCUUCAACAUCCUUGAUCUGAUCGUUGUGGCUGUGUCGCUAAUAUCCUUCAUGCUGGACAACCAGGCAAUCUCUGUGGUGAAGAUUCUCAGAGUGUUGAGGGUGCUGCGUCCCCUCAGGGCCAUCAACAGAGCAAAGGGUCUCAAGCAUGUGGUACAGUGUGUGAUUGUGGCUGUGAAAACCAUCUAUAACAUCAUGCUGGUCACGUUUCUACUGAACUUCAUGUUCGCUGUCAUUGGUGUCCAGCUCUUCAAGGGCAAGUUUCACCAUUGUACGGACAACUCCAAAUUGACAGAGGGAGAGUGCAAGGGCUGGUAUGUGGACUACCCAGACGGAGAUAUCCACAAUCCAGAUAAAAAGGAACGAGAAUGGGGCAACAAUGAUCUCAACUUCGAUGAUGUGACCAGCGCCAUGUUGACAUUGUUCACAGUUGCAACGUUUGAAGGAUGGCCCAACUUGCUGUAUAUAGCUAUAGACUCGAAUCAAGAAGGUCUGGGUCCAAAGUACAACAACCAGCCAGGAGUCGCCAUUUUCUUUUUCAUCUUCAUCAUUGUUAUUGCAUUUUUCAUGGUCAACAUCUUUGUAGGUUUUGUCAUAGUCACAUUUCAGAAUGAGGGAGAGCAAGAGUACAAAAACUGUGAAUUAGAUAAAAACCAGCGUAAGUGUAUAGAAUUUGCACUGAAAGCCAAACCUAUACGGCGCUAUAUACCAAAGGCUCGGUGGCAAUACAAAAUAUGGUGGUUUGUCACGUCUCAAGCAUUUGAAUAUGCCAUAUUUACACUCAUCAUGUUCAACACUGUCAUCUUAGCCAUGAGGUACUACGGUCAGCCAGAUUCUUACUCCAAGGCUCUAGACUACUUAAAUAUGAUCUUCACUGGAGUCUUCACAGUCGAGUUCAUCCUCAAACUCAUGGCCUUUAGGUUUAAAAACUAUUUUGGAGAUGCGUGGAAUGUGUUUGAUUUCAUCAUUGUAUUAGGAAGUUUUAUAGAUAUUAUCUACACAGAAGUCAAUAGAGCAAAGCCCGGGCAAGGAAUAAUCAGUAUAAAUUUCUUCCGACUGUUCCGAGUUAUGAGGCUUGUAAAGCUACUAAGUCGAGGAGAAGGCAUUCGAACGUUAUUAUGGACGUUUAUAAAGUCCUUCCAGGCUUUGCCCUAUGUAGCACUGCUGAUUGUUAUGUUAUUCUUCAUCUAUGCAGUAAUUGGUAUGCAGAUGUUUGGUAAGAUUGCUAAAAAUUCUGACACUCAAAUCCACCGAAACAACAAUUUCCAAACGUUUCCACAAGGAGUAUUAGUCUUAUUUAGGUCUGCUACUGGUGAAGCGUGGCAGAAUAUCAUGUUGUCAUGUAUAGACAAAGCGUCGGCCAAAUGUGAUCCUGAUGGUACACCACCACCGGCGGACGAUGCCACCUGUGGCAACAACUUUGCAUACUUCUACUUCAUCUCAUUUUAUAUCCUUUGUUCUUUCUUGAUUAUCAAUUUGUUUGUGGCUGUCAUCAUGGACAACUUCGACUAUUUAACACGAGAUUGGUCGAUAUUGGGGCCACACCAUCUCGACGAAUUUGUAAGACUGUGGUCAGAAUAUGAUCCAGAGGCCAAAGGACGAAUCAAACACUUAGAUGUAGUUACACUGUUGAGGAAAAUAUCUCCACCUCUUGGCUUUGGUAAACUGUGUCCACAUCGAGUAGCGUGUAAGAGAUUGGUCAGUAUGAACAUGCCGUUAAAUAGUGACGGGACGGUCAUGUUCAAUGCUACAUUAUUUGCAUUGGUGCGGACGUCACUAAAAAUUCAAACAGAGGGUAACAUAGACCAAUGCAAUGAAGAGUUACGAGGCGUUAUCAAAAAGAUCUGGAAACGCACAACACCAAAGUUACUCGACCAAGUAGUACCACCGGCAGGCCGUGAUGAUGAUGUUACGGUAGGGAAAUUCUAUGCAACAUUUCUUAUCCAAGAUUACUUCCGUCGGUUCAAGAAAAGGAAAGAACAGAUGCAGAAGAUUCAGAAAGGACAAGAACACACUAACGCUCUGCAGACCUUGGUACAGGCUGGUUUGCGAGCAGUGCACGACCUGGGGCCAGAACUGCGCCGCGCUAUCUCUGGUAACCUUGAAGAGGAGGAAUUCCCAGCUAAGGAGGUGGAGGAGCCUAUGCAUAGGAGAAACCACAGUUUGUUCGGGAGUAUGAUGAACGCUCUGGCUGGUGUACAUAAAACCACACUUCCAUUUACGGGGAGGACACAGUCACUACUCAUCAACCAUAAAGAACAGCCCAAAGUGUCACCAGCAAACUCUGUACACGGUCCCCACACCACCAUCUCACCACAGAACUCCAUCAAUGGUAAAGUCACGCCAGCCGAGUCCAGUAACCACCUCAAUGUGGAGUACCGCAAUGCGGUCAACCGGUCGCCAUCACCCCUAGCCCCAGUCCGUGUGUCGCCUGUCAUGUCAAAUGACUCGCGCAGGCAGAGCCACACAAGUGCUAUAGCUAUAGCCUCGAUUGCAUCUGAUUUAAUGAAAGAGGCUAUGCAGCAUAAAGAUCGUUCACCCAACCGAAGCCCUCGACCGAGGUCGCUUAACCAUGACUCGGAGGAUUCCGAAGCUGCCCCCACCCAGUGGGAAGGCACAAACGAUGUCAAGUACAGCGAGCAUAAGGGUAACAGCAUCCAUGCUGGACCUGCUGAUUCCACAAAGAGGCAGGGCAUUUAUGUGUACAGGGAGAGACCUACAGCUCCAGAGGGAUUACUGGAUGACCAGAAUGUGUGUGAAAUGACAGCUACCCCGGCCUUUCUUCCGCAAGAGGACAGUGAUUAUGAGCGAGAAAAUGCACCCCCUACCCCUCCCCCUCGUAGACUGAGUCGACGCGGUCCCUCGCUACGACUAGCCUGUAUAGGAAAACAGGAUAGCGACGAAAACCCACUCAUGAGAAAGAUAGCUGAGCCUCUAAAACUGGCACAGUCACAGGCAAUGGCUGUAGCAGGAAUGACCCCUGAGGGUCAGCAGAGGCCGGAAUACCCUAAGGUGAAGCGAACUCCGUCCCCCUCCAUGGGACGGACGCGUGCAUCCUACCUCGCCUCAGGUAUAGAGUUCUUCAACAGUGUCAAACGAAGAGUAAAUAGACGAUGGACAGGACAAAAUCUGGACUCUCCCCGGCAGCGAGUGCAUCGUGCUAGUGACUCGGCACUCCAACAGGACUCCCAACUAGGACCUUACUCGCGAACUGAGGAGCGAGGACCUCUCAUUAUUCCCGAUCAUGUGAUGUCUCAACAAAGAUCCACCUCACCACGGCACCGUGGUAGAGCGGAAAAUCUAGUAGAAAAGGUCCUGGCAGAGGAAGGCCUUCACCAAUAUGUAGACGCUCGUACGUUACAGCGCGAGAUCGCUGAGGCCAAUGACAUGACGCAAGAAGAACUUGAGCGUGCGGCGCGCAUGUUGGCGCAACACCCUCACUAUGAACACCUUGGGGGUUACAAACCUGAGGAAAUGAGGGACUAUAAUCAGUAUUCAGAUGCAGGGGAGUUGGCCCGUAGACGGACUGAUAAAUAUGAUGAACCAAGUGAAGAGCAGACGGCCAGAAGAAACAACUCCGACCGAUACAUUAAGUGACAGUGAAAGUGAGUAGAUUUGUAAGUAAGGCUGCCCAGCUGAUUGGGUGUAUCCCUAAAAGCCACGACGUGUGGGGUCUGUGGCUGGAAGCCUGUAGCUAAUGCUACAGUCCACCGUGUCACCUACCGUCAUGUUAGCACAAGGUCACGAGACCAAGGUAAAAGCACACUCGGAGGCUGUAUCAGCAGGAGUUCACCUCCAUUUCUUAAUGACAAGCACAUCCACCAAUGGAGGAGGAAGUUGGAGGUGGUGCUUGGGAACAAGUGUGUUGCGUUUCCAUGGGUACCAUGCAAUAUGUGGCAUUCUGUGACAGCUUCACUCUGGUAGUGAUGGCGAGUGUCCCCCUGGCUUGUGGCUUGUGUGUCCUGUCCCUGAAGUGUUUUUACAAGCCAGAAGACUAGUACUGAAAAGACGCACAUUUUGUGUGAAGGAUAGACACACAGUUAGUGUGAUUGAUAACCACAUGUUUAAUGUGAAUAAUAGACACGUUUAAUGUGAAUAGACAUAUGUUUUGAAAGAUGGUCACAUGUUUAAUAUGAACAUUUGUACCAUCAAGGACGGAAUCAUAGAAAUUCUGUACAACAGCAUCAAACUACGGUUGUUAACUUUCUCUUAUUUAUUCCUUUUGUUUUGAAAGGUCAUUGUUUGAAGCAUUGUGAGAGUGGAGAUUUGGAUUGGUUGACCAUUUUAAUUUUAUUUUUUCCCGUUUCUUUUAUACAAAACUGUCUGUUGAUAACCCGCUGUUUUGUGUUGUGACGGUAUCACAUGGGUCCUCACACCUUAUCGUCUACUGUGAUAACUUGGGGUCAGCAAGUCCAAUGUCAAGGGUCAACCAGUGCAAGGUCAAAGGUCAGCCAAUCACCAGGCCAGGUGUCUAUAAACAGAUUUUACUGUUAAUGAUACUAUUUGUCUACACAUGUUACGUGGUGAUCCUUAACAUGUGAUUGUGUAGCUUUCUAUUACUAGUGUCUUGUUGAUUAUUUAUCAGUGAAUCCCUAUUUAACAGUGAAUCCUGGAAGUUGUCGAGUUGCAUUUUCAUUGUAGCUUUAUAAAUGGGCCUAAAUCAAAACUCCAUUGAAACUGUCCAUUACGUAUACCAAAAGUGUGAUAGAAUAUAUGCUGGACUGUAGAUAAAAUGUCUGCCCACAGAGAUUCUCCUAUACUCAACACAUGGCUCAUCCAUUUCUGCUUCUGGAACAUCUUAGGAGUGCAAUAAAGCAAAAUUUGCUAGAUCUCAAUUUUCUUUUUUUAAAUUUUAAGGGCUCGUAACUUCAGUAUUUCUCUGUGUAGAACAUCUUAUAAAUGUACUGUAAGAUUUUCAUUGCUUUCUUGUUUUAUUUGUAGAUUACACAAAUUAUAUGUACAUAGGCAUUUAUAUAAUCAGGAAACAAUUUAUAUAGUUAAGAAUAUAUGAAGAUUCAAAUGUAUUCAGAGAGAUAUGACACAAUGCAAGACACACAUUUGUAUUAAAGGUGGAAGGCCAAUGCUUCACUGUUCCGUUUCAAAUACUUUAAAGUUUAUUGAGGUUAUAAAAAUGAUUUUGUAUUAUAAAAGUUUAUCUGUAUAUUUAUUCUAAUAUUGAUAUUUUGUUUGGAGUGUACAGUAUAUGAUCAAGUAGUGAUCAUUACUUGAUCACAAUGUGAUGUACUCAAUUCUCAGCACCUUUACAUUGAAAUUCUGACCCGUAAUUAAGCUAAUUUUAUUCAAGUUUUGUCCUGACUUAUCAUCAUGCUGUAGACCUGACUACAGAUUUUAUAGACCAAAGAAGGAUACACGCUUGAAACUGUCGACGUUACCAAGACCACAAUACCUAUGUAUGGAAUGCCAUGGAAGGCUUGCUGCGAGUCUUAGUAGAAAGAUAUAAUAAUCACAUUCCAAAGUCAUUGUCAAGCUUUUAAUUUAUUUAUCCUUGUUUUAAAGAAAAUGUCUUAAUCGUUUAAUUUAUCAUUUUAUAUAAGUAUUAUAAAGAUAGCAUUUUCAUUAGGGGAGAAUGAGAUGACCUUGAAGCUUGCUAUUUCAGUCAAUAUGUUGUUGUUUGGGAGUGGAAAAUGACACAACAUUAUAGUGCUGUUUAAGCACAAAAUUACGAUAACUUAUUAUCUGGUAACUUGACGUAGACGUAAUCUGUAAUCAUGUAAACAGUAAUUGAAACUAAUAUAAAACAAAAUUUUCUUUAUACGUGUAUAAGCAAACACCCAAGACCACAUAGCGACAAAAAGCACCUUGUCCAUGGCAUCAUAUAUGAUUACCUCCCCUUUGUGUCCCUACUUUUUUGGCUUAAACACUGCCUAGCAACUUGCGUGUUCAGAUUUUUUAUAGUACAGGUGUUUCCUGAUUGUGAUGUUUUGGUUGUGUAGAAAAAUAGUGGGGUUUUUUUCUUUGUUGUAAUUUUUUACAAAGAUAGGUUGUUUUUCUCUGUUGUAUUUUGCCCCUCCAUUUGCUCAAAGUUUGUAAGAAUCUGUAAUAUAUAUACAUGUAGUGUAUUUUGUGUGUAGCGGUCUCUGACUGGGUGACAUAGGUUUAUUGUAUUGUUUUUACAUGUCCAGUACUAUGUUUUAGUUUUAAUUUAAGCCUAAUCACUAUUGUUUGUGAAGUAACCCUGGAGUUUUUGUUUUCCUGUAUACCGAGAUGCACUGUAGCAUUGCAGUAAUAGAAUCUAUUUCUGUAGUGGUUAAAACUGGCAUUUAAGGAGACUUGACAUGUUACUACAAUUUUUUAAUGUCGUGUUAAAAUCUCACCAUCUCAAAAUGGUGUAUGUAAUUUAACUCUUUAAUUUAUGGAUUGGUACAAGGAAGAAAACUACAAAUGAAUGUUGUUGUCAAGAAAAAAAAUGUGUUUGCCAUGACCUAUGCAUUACAUGUCUUUUCCCUGGCGUUUCCUUAGGUUGGUCGGUGAUGGCCAUGUGUGUGCGAGAGUGGGGCCUCGGAUGUGGCCAUGUAACUUUAUGAAAGCUGUGUGCGUGUGGCAUAGCUGGGAGACUGUAUGCAUCUCCUACUAACGUGUAAAUACUGUUUCUAAUCAGUACCAUUGAAAUCGUUUCAUUACCCGUCAAUCAUGUUUGUUAACGCUUUACUCAUGUUUUUUAUAACAUACCACAAGGUAUGAUGGUGCUUGUGUGGCCUCAUAGCUGUAACUCACAUCCUCUGUCGUUAGAUAGUGUGGUGUUCUGGUGUGCCACAUCAUCACUCUGUAGAUAUUGGGGUGCUCCAGAGUGCCACAUCAUUCUGUAGAUAUUGAGGUGCUCCAGAGUGCCACAUCAUUCUGUAGAUAUUGAGGUGCUGCAGAGUGCCACAUCAUUCUCUAGAUAUUGGGGUGCUCCAGAGUGCCACAUCAUUCUCUAGAUAUUGAGGUGCUGCAGAGUGCCACAUCAUUCUGUAGAUAUUGAGGUGCUCCAGAGUGCCACAUCAUUCUGUAGAUAUUGAGGUGCUGCAGAGUGCCACAUCAUUCUGUAGAUAUUGGGGUGCUCCAGAGUGACGCAUCAAUUUGUAGAUAUUGAGGUGCUUGCAGGUUUCACAUCAUUCUGUAAAUAUUGAGGUACUCAAGAGUGACACAUCAUUCUCUAGAUAUUGGGGUGCUCCAGAGUGCCACAUCAUUCUCUAGAUAUUGGGGUGCUCCAGAGUGACGCAUCAAUUUGUAGAUAUUGAGGUGCUUGCAGGUUUCACAUCAUUCUGUAAAUAUUGAGGUCCUCAAGAGUGCCACAUCAUUCUUUAGAUAUUGAGGUACUCCAGAGUGACACAUCAUUCUCUAGAUAUUGAGGUGCUCCAGAGUGCCACAUUAUCUGUAGAUAUUGAGGUGCUCCAGAGUGCCACAUCAUUCUUUAGAUAUUGGGGUGCUCCAGAGUGCCACAUCAUUCUCUAGAUAUUGAGGUGCUACAGAGUGACACAUCAUUCUCUCGAUAUUGAGGUGCUCCGGAGUGCCACAUCAUUCUCUAGAUUUUGGGGUGCUCCAGAGGGCCACAUCAUUCUGUAGAUAUUGACGUGCUCCAGAGUGACACAUCAUUCUCUAGAUAUUGGGGUGCUCCAGAGUGACACAUCAUUCUGUAGAUAUUGAGGUGCUCCAGAGUGACACAUCAUUCUAUAGAUAGAUGCUCUGGAGUGCCACAUUAUCUGACAACAUAGUGGGGUGGUCCAGUGUGCCACAUUAUCUGACUUCAUAGUGGGGUGCUCCAGUGUGCCACAUUAUCUGUCUACAUACUGGGGUGCUCCAGUGUGCCACACUAUCAGUCUACAUAGUAGGGUGGUCCAGUGUGCAACAUUAAUUCUGACUAUACAUAAGUGUGAUCUGGAGUUAUACACCAUUUGUCCAGAAGAUAGGGUGCCCUGGAGUUCCACAUGAUCUGUCUGUAGAUAAGGGUGCCCUGGAGUUCCACAUGAUCUGUCUGUAAAUAAGGGUGCUCUGGUUUGCCCGUAGUUAGGAGCUGUACAGGUACUGUAUAUCUCUGAUGUAUAGAAUAUAGAUCUCCUUUAAGAGCAGCAUUCACUUCCUUUUUCUAAUCAAUACACUUAUUUUCCUACUCUAAAUACUUUUUAUCUAUCAUGUUUUCAAAAUAAAAAAUUAUUUUAGUUCUUGCCAAAAAUAAUUUUCUGAGAAAUAUCUCGGACUAAUCUUCGACUCAUCUAAGUAUUUAAGAGGUUGGAAUCUUGUGAGGGAAAUGUUUCAGUAAGCCUGUAUUUUGUAUAUAUAUACAUGUACUUGGUUACCUUCCCCUUUGGAUGAUGUCGACCUUGAAUUCAUUGUAUUAUAUCAUAGAAUGUUUGCAUUUUUAUCCUUGUUUUGUAACUUGCCACAGUUGUGUCAAGAUCCUUACAAGUUCAUUCCAUUGCCUGUGUAUAUAUAUAUUGAUAAAAUGUCAACCUAGCGUGGCUGGCCUGUAAUGAUACCCAAAAUAUCGGGUAUGCUGUCUUCAUGGUUACCUGUCUGUCAAUACCAUGACAACCAAGUAGUGGCCAAGAUAAUCUGUGUUGCGAGUCACUCCUUGGCCAUAGAGGGAGACAUGACAAAUGUGACAAGUAUGAAUCUACAAAUUUCCCUUGCUGUGAUAAUCACUAUUGUAACCAAGCGAGUCUCACAGGACCAAAAAGCCACGUUUUUUUUUAUGUAUUGAUAUCUCCAUAAUAUACAAUUUUUAAAGCCCAAAGCUCAGUUGUUUACAAAAGGUAUGCAUGUGUCUGUGUGUGUCUAGACUUUUGAGAAGUAAUGUGAGAUAAAUAAACACAUUUCAUAAUAUUAAAUAGUGUUUUUCCCAUAUGGAAACACUUAUUGAAUUUGUAUAAACCAUGCUUUCCAACCCCUCCUUUCCAGUCAAUUUGAAUGUAUUUGAACUAGUGCUGUAGGCAAGGAGAUGUAAAUCAAAAUGUUUUCUUUAAAUUUUUGAGGUGUAUAUGCUUUUUUUAAUAUUUAAUGUUAUACUCGACAGCAGAUAACUAUGAAAGUUUUACUAAGAUAUUUCAGUUAGAGAUUUAUGUAGCCAAUAUCUCUUUACUAUUGUGGUGUACUUUUUAUGCAGGCCUUCUUCACAUUGUACGGAGAUAGCUGUUAGUGAUUGAUCAUGCCCAACAUACAGAUCAUGUGACAUUGUCCCGCCCAUUGAAUAACUUCACACAACCCAGACUACUACUUACAGCAUCAAAAAUACCUUAAAUAUCUCCCAAAUAUGUGCCUAUCUGCUAUUUUGGUAUUUUUCUUGAUGUUUUCCCCAUGAUAUGUAGUUACAUAUGUAUGGUGUCCAUUGACUUGGAAAUCUGUAUUCCGCAGCAGUAAUUUCUUGUCCUUUUUAUUUUUUAUCAAUUUAUGGUUUUCUAUUUGAAUUAUUGAAGAUCCUCAACAUCAAACUCACUACUAACAAUAAAACUAUAACCAAAUUUCUGCAAUAUAUUUUGAACACAGAAUUAAUAUGUUAUGUGCCGUAUGUUGAAAAUCAAUCAAUUCAUUCUGUUUUACAUUAGACGUCACCUAAUAUUACCAGUAUAUCUUUUUAAUACAUCAAUGGGAAAACACCAGAGAAAUACCGUCUUAUUGAUUAAUCAUUGUUUAGGCAGGUUGUAUUUACCAGUAAGCAAUAUUUUUGGCAACUUUAAAUCUGGAUACGAGUCUCUCUUUUUUAUCCAAGCCAGAUCCAGAUUGUGAAAUUACUAAAACUAUCUCAACAUAUUUUAUAUACGGGGGAUUUCAAUGCUUUUUAAAUUGUCACGAUGGGGAAUUCAGGGUUUUAUUGUCUUUUUUUUCCUUCUUUUUUGACGAGUGCUUUCCCACACAAAAGAUGGUGGAAGUUUGUGAAUGGUUGGAUGGUUAUACAAGUAAUUUCCAUGGUACAUUUUAUAUUCAGGGGUAAUAUAUUUUUUACCAAAAGUGUGUGAUUGUAUGGAAUGUAAAUCGUAAAGCCAAAAAAUGUAUGACCCUCCCCUUCCCAACCCCAAAUUUUCCCUCAAAUAUUAACAGGUGUAGGACAGUGAUACCAUUACACAUCCUUCAUGUACAAAACCAUUUUGCAAGGAAUGUUAAUAUGUGCAAUAAAUUAUAAUAUUUACUACCAAA